GUCCCGCGAGGUCACAGAGGUGGCUGCGGCUUGCUGCGACUAUAAACGUGACUGACUGGUGGGGACGUGGCGGUACGCAGCCCACUCUCUCCAUCACACCAUGACAGUCACCCCGAAGCCGCACCUCUCCGCCGAAGGCAAGGCCAAGCUCGACGCGCUGCUCGACGCCAAGGUCGCCGAGAAGAAGAUCCCUGCCAUCUUCUUCGGCGCGUCCACGGCCGACGGCGAGAUCUACUACAACGCCAAGGGCGACAAGGUGCACGGCGAGCCGGACAAGGGCCAGGUGGACGAGAACACGACGGUGCAGCUCUUCUCGCAGACCAAGUUCCUCACGUCGCUCGCAUGCAUCCAACUGUGGGAGAAGGGUCUCGUCGACUUCGACGACGAAGAGUUGAUCAAGAAGCACCUGCCUGAGCUCGUGGAGCAGCCCGUCCUCGAAGGCUUCGAGGCGGACGGCACGCCGCGCCUCGUGCCGCGCACGACGCCGCUCACCCUCCGCCGGCUGCUCACGCACACCUCCGGCCUCUCGUACUCGUUCCUCACGCCCGAGCUUAUCGGCCGCUGGCAAGUGAUGAACAAGAAGCCGGGCUUCCUUGACAAGAACGUCGGCAUCGAGGCCCUCGUCGAGCCCCUCACGUUCCAGCCGGGCACGCGGUAUGGGUACGGCAUCGGCAUCGACUGGGCGGGCGUGCUCGUCAUGCGCAUCACCGGCCAGAAGCUCGGCGCGUACUUUGACGAGCACAUCUUUGGGCCGUGCGGCGUCAAGAACAUCUCGUUCUACCCCACCAAGGAAAUCAAGGCGAACCUCAUGCAGCUGUGUGGGCGCGACGCGACGCCCGAGCGCAACCUCAUCCACACCGCCGGCUUCCGUGAUGUGCCGGCCCUCGAGCCCGAGGACAUUGGGCUGCACAUGGGCGGCGCGGGCCUCAUCGGCUCGCCCCGCGAGUACAUGACCAUCCUCCGGCACGUGCUCCAAUGCAAGGACAAGGACGGGCUCAUCAAGCAGUCCACGUACCCCAUGCUGUUUGAGAACGCGCUCCCGCCCCGCGAGAAGGAGGGCAAGAGCCACACCUGCUACCGCGACCUUGGAGGGAUCAUCUCGCUCCUCGGCGACACCGAGGUCAAGUUCGCAUCGGGUGAGAAGACCCACCACUCGCUCGCGCUCUGCGUCAACGACGACGACUCGGAGAACGGCAGGAAGAAGGGUACCGCCUUCUGGGGCGGCAUCGCCAAGACCAAGUUCUGGAUCGACCCCGCCACGGGCAUUGUUGUGAGUAUCUGGACGACAGGAUGAGUAGAGCUGACUUCCAGGCCGUCUGUGGCACCC